AUCCUCUCCAGUUGCUAAGUUGGCACGAGCGGAUUUUAGGCUUUGGAUGCACAUGGGUACCGGUUGUCCGGGGUCGCAGUCCAAAUGUAUAAGUACACCGUGCAGUUUCACCGUUGAGAUUACCGCUCCACCAGCUGCUCCACCCUUCCCAACAGGCCGGGCUUCGACCCAGACUACCUGCCGGCGUCAUCAUCAAUAGAAAGCACAACCCCCUUUUGACCAUACAGCCAUGCCUCGCCGCAACAGCAGUAUCCUCGGCCCUGACCCGGAACAGGCACGCCGCUUCUCGAUUGCUACCCCGGACAUCAAGCAGGUUCUCCACGAUGCCAGCAAAGGAACCCAGGCCGAGCAGCAGAUGAGCCUGGCACAGGGCAUCAAGCUGUACCCCAAGGCCAUUGCCUGGUCCGUUCUACUCUCCGCAGCCAUCAUCAUGGAGGGCUUCGACAAGGUCCUCAUUGCCAACCUCAUGGCAGUGCCAGCCUUUAAGCGCAAGUUUGGCCAGCCACUCCCCGACGGCAAGUACGAGGUCACCGCAGCAUGGCAAGCCGGACUAACCAACGGCGCCUACGUUGGCGAAUGCAUGGGUUUGAUGCUCAACGGCUUGCUCGCAGAUCGAUUCGGAUAUAAAAAGACCAUGAUUGGAGCCUUGUUCGCCACAAACUUGUUCAUCUUCAUCGUCUUCUUCGCACACAACGUGGAAAUGCUCCUGGGCGGCCUUAUCCUUUGCGGUAUUCCAUGGGGUGUCUUCCAGACUCUGACUUGCACAUAUGCUGCCGAAGUCGUGCCUGUCCCCCUCCGUCCCAUUCUCACCACGUACGUCAACCUCUGCUGGGUCAUUGGCCAAUUCCUCGCCUCGGGCGUGCUUAAAGGCGUGGCCGAGAUACCUGAUCAGUGGGCCUACCGCAUCCCCUACGCCCUGCAGUGGAUCUGGCCUGUUCCUCUGAUGAUUGGCAUCUCGUUUGCACCAGAGUCGCCCUGGUGGCUUGUGCGCAAGGAUCGUUUUGAUGAGGCAAAGAAGAUGUUGAUGCGCCUGACGUCUCCCGAGAGGCUCCCCGAGUUCAAUCCCGACGAGACUAUUGCCAUGAUGCGCCAUACCAACGCUAUGGAGAUGGCUGUAUCUGAAGGCACUUCGUACCUCGACUGCUUCAAGGGAACCGACUUCCGACGAACCGAGAUUGCUGCCAUGGCCUGGUUUACCCAGGCUUUCUGUGGAGCCGGUCUCAUUGGAUACAGCACCUAUUUCUUCCAGCAAGCCGGCCUCAGCGAUGCUAACGCCUUUUCCAUGAGUCUUGGUCAAUAUGCAAUCGGUGCUGUGGGUGUUUUUGCCGCCUGGGCUCUCAUUCAACGGGUAGGACGUCGAACUCUGUACGUUGUUGGUGAUUUUGUCAUGGUCAUGGUCAUGUGCAUCAUUGGCGGUCUUGGCACUAUUCACAAGGGCAACGUUGGAGCACAAUGGGCAAUUGGUUCCAUGCUUUUGCUCUUCGCCGCUGCAUACAAUUGCACUGUCGGUCCAGUGUGUUACUCGAUUGUCGCCGAAAUCCCAUCCACUCGUCUCCGCCAGAAGACUGUUGUCCUUGCCAGGAACUUUUACAACAUCGGAUCCAUUAUCGGCAAUAUCCUGACCCCACGCAUGCUUAACCCUGGUGCCUGGAACUGGGGUGCCAAGAGCGGCUUCUUCUAUGCUGGGACUGCUUUCGGAUGCUUCGUAUGGGCCUUCUUCCGCCUUCCCGAGCCCAAGGGAAGAACUUAUGGAGAACUCGACAUUCUCUUCGAGAGGCGCGUGCCUGCACGCAAGUUUGCCACCACCAUUGUUGACAGCUUCAAUGUCAGCGAUGCCGACAGUGAUUAUACAGAGAAGAAAGGAGCUUCCGCUCAUCUUGAGCAAGUUCACUCCAAGGAGGCUAUGUGAGACGAUAUUAGGACGGAUAUGGACAACUUGUACUAAACGUGUGUUAUGAGCUUUUGUAUGCCAGUAUCUACAUCCUUUCGCUUUAGCUGUUUCCAGGAAAUGCCAUUUUCAUGUAUACUUUUAGUGAUUAUAGAAACUCAUCGUAUCCCUUGCUAGUAAGUGGUUCCUGAGUUGACUCGCCUUGAUGCACUUGGCAAUCAUAUUGACAUGGCAUCAUUACCACCAUAUCUAGGCAUUGCAAGUACAGCAUGUCCCCUGCUUACCUUGUAUACUUACA